GCAGUUUGCCUUGUACGCACACCACUGUGUACAUGAGUUUUACACCUUUGGAUUUGCCUCAGGGGAUUAUACAGCUCAUUACCGAUGAGCUUCCCUCACCUGCAGACUUCAUUCUUCACCAAAAGCUAAUUUCGCAUGUAAAAGAAAGCAAGGAAGGAAAACGGAUUAUUCUGUCCGUGUCCGAAGGGUGGGCGAAAUGGCAGGCUAUAGCAUCAAAGCACAACGUUAAUUUGGCCCAGGAGGAGAACUCAGGCAGUCUUACAUUCGUCGACAUUUCUUCCUUUGAGCCAGAAGAAUCCGGAUUGAGGCAGAUAUUCAACGUAGUUGUCGAAGCCCUGAAGGAAUGCACUCCUGACUCACUUGUCAUUCUUGACGAUGUCUCAACGCUGGAAUGGAUUGGAGUAUCAACCCUUGACAUUCUUCGAUUUUGCCGUGCCUUGAGGGCUCAAUGCAUCAAGCAUCAAGCAACAUUACUUAUCCGACAUCAUUUGGUGGUCUAUGGCAUGCCAGAUCAAUUGUUCCGUGACUUGAUGCAGCUCGCAACUUACCACGUUGAUGUGAGGCCAUUAGCAAGUGGUCGAAGUGGUGCUGUCAGUGGAGAGGUUGCGCUACAUUUGGGUCCAAACGCGCUUCCACCUGCCUCAGUCAAACCCAUUCCCAGAAGCCGUGCAGUUCAAUAUCGCUUGACGGAUUCUGGAUCCAUAUUUUUUGAAAGAGGCAAUAGUCACGGUGUCCUUUGACUCCGAGUAGCCGGACGGCCAAAUAUACAUGCGCUGGUUUAUUGAAUAUUGCCCCUGAAGUAGUGUAAAGCUGACCUCAAGGACUUCUUUGAAGUCCCCCUGUGAGACGU